CCCCACUCGGGGUCCCCGAGGGCGCCCGCCGGGACCCGCUGCCCGCCCCGAGGAGCGCCGAGAGCCCGCCCGCCGCCCCGCCGCAGCCCCCCGCCCUCUCGCCGCCCGCCGCCCCCCCGGGCCCCGACACCCCCGAGGGCGAGCGGCCCCCCGCUCACGAGCCGCCCGCCGACCGCCUUCAUGCUCAGCCCCAGACCCUCGCCAGCGUUCCCGGCAUGACCUCGGGGACCGGGAGCUCUGCCUCCACCGUCGCCGGCGCUGCCCCCCACAAUGGUGAGAACAAACCGCCCCAGGCCAUCGUGAAACCCCAAAUCCUCACCCACGUUAUCGAGGGCUUCGUCAUCCAGGAAGGGGCAGAACCGUUCCCGGUGGGGCGCUCCUCCUUGCUGGUGGGGAACCUGAAGAAGAAGUAUGCGCAGGAGCUGCUGGCUGAGAAACUCCCGCAGCAGGACAACACCACCACCACCGACUCCGAAAUGGAGGAACCCUAUUUACAAGAAUCCAAAGAGGAGGGGAACCCCAAACUGAAGUGCGAGCUCUGCGGCCGCGUCGACUUCGCUUACAAAUUCAAGCGCUCCAAGCGCUUUUGCUCCAUGGCUUGCGCCAAGAGGUACAACGUGGGGUGCACGAAACGGGUGGGUUUGUUCCACCCCGAUCGCAGCAAGCUGCAAAAACCCGGCGGUCCGCCCCACGGCCGCCGUCGGACCUGCAAGGGGACGCUGCCCGCCCUCAGCAAAGACACCAAGAAGCAGCCGCCGGUUUCUCUCCCGCCGGGUUCGGUGCCUCUUUCCGUGACGGCGUCGUUGCAGCUCAACCACAGCCAAGAAGAUUCGAGUCGUUGUUCGGAUAAUUCGAGCUACGAGGAACCGCUCUCCCCCAUCUCGGCCAGUUCCUCCACUUCCCGCCGCCGCCAAGGCGAACGAGACCUCGAACUGCGCGACAUGGAGCUGCCCGACGUCCACGUCCGCGACCUGGCGAGCAUCGGCCAUCGCUUCCUCCCCAGCGAACCCAGCAAGUGGAACGUGGAGGACGUCUACGAGUUUAUCCGCUCGUUGCCGGGCUGCCAGGAGAUCGCGGAGGAGUUCAGGGCGCAGGAGAUCGACGGGCAGGCGCUGCUGCUGCUGAAGGAGGAUCACCUCAUGAGCACCAUGAACAUCAAACUGGGGCCGGCCCUCAAGAUCUACGCCCGCAUCAGCAUGCUCAAGGACUCCUAGAGCCGGGUGGGUGGGGGCACCCAUGGGACACACCCACAUCCCCAAACAACACCCACCCCCCCCCACCCACCCACCCCCCACACCCCAAAAACCCCUGCCCAGCCGUGGGGAGGGGGGCUACGGGGGAGGGGACGGACGGGGAGCCACUUCGGAGCACAACCCAGCCCCCGCCCCCGUCGUGUGUGCCCCCCCCCCCCCAGCCCCCCCAGGGGUGUGUAUAUAGCCCGUAGCUAUAGC